GGGAAGAGAGGACUGGAGGUAAGCAUUGAGAGUAAGGGGGCGGGGGGCGGCGGUAGGAGUGAGCCGGACGUGAAGGGAAAGCGCCGCUGUGAUCUUUCAACACUUCGGGAGAACUGCGUGCCAGGGAUCGCUGCUCAGCCCCGCCGGGGAAGGCGCUCAAAAUGUCUGGACACCGGGUGCAGUUCGCCGACCUGCCGCCCCUGAAUGACCGGAAAGCCAACCCGAUAAUAAACAAACAGCCCAAGGGGAGCCUGAGAUCCGCCUCCCCAGAUGAUGCUGAGCUCCUGGGGCACAAAGCCACCCCAGCCAGCGGAAGUAACCGCCCAGACCCCAAGUCCUCUCGGAGUGCGCCACGGCGCCACACGGUGGGCGGAGCACGCAGCUCACAGGAGAUCCUGGCCAUGCAGCCCUCUGACAUGGACAGGAAGCGCGAGGCCUUCCUGGAGCAUCUGAAACAGAAGUACCCCCACCAUGCCAUCGCCAUCAUGGGCCACCAAGAACGUCUCCGUGAACAGGCCUUACAGUGCAUGCUGUCCUCUCUGCACUCGGAGCUGGACAUCCAGAGGUACUUGCUGAGAAUCGAAACGUCCCAGAAAAGCAGAAGCCCCAAACACUCGCCCCCCCAGCCGGCGGCGGCGGAACUGGGCGAGCACUUCCCAGCGGGCUCACUGGACUUGCUGGAGACGAUGUCGGACAUGGAUGGCCCCUGCGCCUUCACCCGGGGCAUCCGCUCACGGGCCAGCCUGCCGGUGGUGCGUUCGACCAACCAGACCAAGGAUCGGUCGCUAGCCGCCUGUACGCACCUUUCCUUCCCAGUGACGGAUGAUAGAUCACGAUCCCCCCUAGGCGUGCUGUACCUGCAGUAUGGCGACGACACCAGGGCCAUGCGGAUGCCCAAUGAGAUCACGAGCGGCGACACCAUCCGUGCUCUCUUCGUCAGCGCCUUCCCCCAGCAGCUCACCAUGAAGAUGCUCGACUCGCCCAGCAUGGCCAUCUACAUGAAGGAUGACAUGCGCAACGUCUACUACGAGCUCUCCGACGUCAGGAACAUCACAGACCACGCCUGCCUGAAGGUCUACCACAAGGACCCGGCGCACGCCUUCAGCCACAGCCCACGGCCAGCCAAUGGAGAUGCCAGGAUGGUGUAUGCCCCCCGGGACGGUCAACACUCUCUAAGGCAGCCACCCUCCCCCCACGUCAUGCAGGGCCCACUGUCGCCUCCUUCCCCCCAGUCCAUGCCCCCUUCGCCAUCCCGGAUCCCCUAUGGGCCACGCUCAGGCAUCCUACCGGGCGGAGCCACCCUCCCCAGGGAGCGGUUGGCCAAUGUAUCCCCCGGGCGGGCCGCGUCACCCUGCCCCAGCGCCAUCCUGGAACGGCGGGACGUCAAGCCGGACGACGACGUGGGUCUGAAGGGGGCGACGCUGGCACGUGGCGACUCGCUGUAUGGGGACCCCUACCUGCUGCAUGAGGGCCGGCUCAGCAUCGCCUCGUCGCACAGCAGUCACCCCGCCGACCUUGUGGACCAUGUGGCCAUGCCGCCUUACCACCGCCGGCCUGUACCAAGCCCCUACGAGGAUCCUGCCCUCUACAGGCAGAAAUCCAGGAAGUUCGUGGACCCCCAGCUGCCCAGCCUGGCCUGCAAAACCCCACCGCCAUCCCCGCACCGGGGUGAGGCGAGUCUCCAGCUGGAGCGGGCGUCGCCCAUCCGCCAGUCUUUCCGGAAGGAUAGCGUGGACAGCCUGAGUAAAGCCCGUGGGAACAUGACCUCACCAGACCUCCUGCCGUUGCAAGGCCAUGGGACCUCCCCAUCCCCGAAGGACCCCCAGACAAGGGAGCGGAUGAAAGCUAUGGAGCAGCAGAUUGCCAGCUUGACUGGAUUGGUCCAGCACGCAUUGAUGAAGACGCCAGGCGUCCAGGGAGCCAAUGAGCUGAGCGGUGACUGGCCACCAGGAGCAUCGUCUCCAGUGCAGAACGUGAACUGCGGUGAAGCUGUUAGCCCACUGGGCAGCUUCCCUUGCACAGCAGUGUCCCCAGUACACGGGGUCCAACUGGAGAGCACCCCUACUCCUCCCCCAACGCCAUUAGACCACGCCUCUAUUCAGCUCAGCCUGACCCAUUUCAGAUGCAAUGUGACUGACCUCCGGCUGCAGCUGGACCAGAUGCGGCAGAUGCAGCUCCAGAACCAGGAGACCCUGCAGCUGAUGCUGAAGGAUGCAGAGCAGGAGAUCGGCCACAAGGUGGCGGAGGCACUACAGCGGUUGGAGGAUCCAGUGCAGAAGCAGAGGGCCCUGGUGGAGGAGGAGCGUCACAAGUAUCUGGGCAUGGAGGAGAAAGUGUUGACGCAACUGGGGGACCUGGAGGGGUACGUGGAGGGCCUGCAGAAAGAUGGGGCCGUCACCCUCAAAGACGUGGAGGAUGGAGCAGUGGGCCUCCAGAAGGUCAGCGAGGCCCUGGCGGCGCUCAGAGGAGAGUUCCCGGCCCUGCAGGCCAAGAUGCGGGCAGUGCUGCGGGUGGAAGUGGAGGCGGUGCGCUUCCUGAAAGAGGAGCCCCACAAGCUGGACAGCAUGCUGAAGAGGGUGAAGAUCUUGACCACCAUGCUGGGAGGCCUCCAGAGGAACGGCACAGUGGAAGAUCAGGAAGUCCCUGAGCCCAGGAUGGAGCUGGAGACGGAGCCCCUGGAGGCAGAUAUCCCAGAGCUAGCCCGGGCACCACCUACCCUCCGGCCUGAAGGCCAGGGCUCUGCCAUCCGCUCUGAGUUCAUGUCUCCAGCCCCGCUGAUCAUCCACCAGACUCUGAGUUCACCUGUCCAGGGGCAACAGGCCCAGCAGUCCACUGCCCCUAUGUGCCAGGCUAGCCCCCCUUCCACACCCGUAGGCCCGCCCACCCGGGAACGUCCCACCCCCAUCCUGGAGCCGCCAGCUACCGACAGCAGGGCCCUCUUCAUUGAGGAGAUCCACACCAGGAGGGAGAAGAGCCAGCAGAGGGCCAUGUCUAUCGAGGCCGCGGAGCGUGACUGGGAGGAAAAGAGGCAGAACAUGACCCACUACGAUGGCAAGGACUUCGAGAAGGUCCUCCAGGAGGCUCAGGCCAACAUGAUGAAGGGCUUCCCCAGCAUGGAGCUGACAAGUCAGGAUGAGGCCUCUCCAGCGCCCUCUGCUGACCAGCCGAAUGAGGUUGAUGCCCAGGAAGUGGUGUGCCCUCCCUCAGGUGUUCCACCACCAGAGGGCGUGCGGGAGCCCAGAACAGAGAAGCCAGCCAAGCAGAACCAAACUGGUAAGCCACUGAAACCCCCUACAGAGCCCAAACCUACCUUGGACAAGCUAAGCCAAGCCGUCACAGACAAGGUCGGCAAGCUGGGGGCAGAGAAAAAGUCCCCACCCCCCCCACCUCCAAGGAAGACCUACACACUGGGUUCAGGGAUGACCACAGGGAGAUCUGGCGAGGUCAUCUUCACCGCGAGGAAGGAGUCCGUCACCGCGCAGGAUGAGGAUGAAGAGGCCACCUCCCCCCAGCGAAGCAAACCGAAGGUCAAGUCGCCCACGGAGAGCAAGCCCAAGCCACUAAGCCCGCCCCCUGUCACGGCAUCCGGCGUGCGGGAUGAGGAGGAUGACGACAAUAGGAUCAUGGCGGAACUGCAGGUCUUCCAGAAGUGCACGUUCAAGGACGUAGAGGCCAAGUGUUUUGUGGAGCAUGCUCGCGUCGAGACCCAGGUCCGAGAGAUCCGACCCGGGGCCAUGGUAUCACCCAGAGACCGCAAGCAGAAAUCUGGGGGUCGACCCGACGACCGGGAGGCAGACGAGAACGGGAGCGGCCUGGUCCGCCAGGGCCCGGGGGUCAUAUAUUACGUCACGGGGCAGAUUACCAAAGAGCAGCCGGCCGACGCCACGGAAGAGCGGAAGGAGGGCAGAAGCUCCGGCGCCGGCCCCUCACAGGUUGCACAUGUCAAUGCUUUUGACGUUUCCCCAAGGCAGCAGGAGGGUGGCGCCGAUGAGCCGCCUGCCCCCCGCUGCCCGCUGGAGGAUGGCCCAGCCAGCCCACCUAUGGUCAUAACUGCAACCACAGAGUCCCCAGAUGGGGGCCAUGGGAGAGAGGACUCGGGGUCACAUGAGCUACCUCUGGGUGGAGGGACGAUGGAGACACUGCGAGGUAGCGGUCGGAAUGAGGCCACACCUUCCACCUUCCCUGUGGAAAGGUCUAUAGGCCCAGAGGUUGUAGGAUCAAACAUCUCUGUGAAUUGGGUGAUGCAUUCUACAGCCCCAGCAGUCAUACCUCCAACCAUCCUAGUGGAUAAGGUUGUAUCCUAUACAAGUCCUGAGGUCGUACCUUCGACCAUCUCAGUGGAAAGGGUGGUGCCAUCUAUUGGUCCAGAGGUGAUACCUUCUACCAUCAUGGUGGAUAGGUCUCUGCCCUCUACAGGCCCUGAGGUUGUAUCCCCAAACAUCCCGGUGGAUCGUGCGGUGCCUAGCAGAGUCCCAGAGGUUGUAGCUCCACCCAUUGUAGUGGAAAGGGCUGUAUCCUCUACAGGCGCAGACAUCGCACCUCGAACCAGUGGCUCGCGUGAGUUCACAGAGGAAGAUUUCAGUGACGCCACCCUGAGCCCGGACCUCCCUGGAGAUGAGGGACCACCCCCACCGGACAACAUUGCCUUCAUGAUAACCGACAGCAAGGUGCAAGCCCUGUCCUGCAGGGAGUACCAGAAGAUUGUGAGCACCAGGGCUGGGCAAGUGCAGACGGUGAAGGUAGACAGCGACCAGGAGGUGACCUCUCAGGAGGACGGCUUUGACGCCAAACCGGUCAUCAUCAUCUUUGAUGAACCCAUGGACAUCCGCUCGGCCUACAAGAGGCUCUCCACUAUAUUCGAGUGCGAGGAGGAGCUGGAGAGGAUGCUCUCUGAGGAGACUAUCGACGAGGAGAAUGAGGACGAGCCCAAAAUGGACAGCGGAGGCCAGCAGGUAAAACUCGGAAACGAUGCGGUGGGUAGAACUGCGGACGGGGUUGACGGCCAGAGAGGCCGUGGCACUUUGCAGCCCGGGGCACGAGAGUGCAUCACGCCGGGGAGGGGUGAGGGGGAGCGGGGUGAGGGUAAGCAGGAGACCAAGAAGAAGUUCAGGUUCAAAUUCCCUAAGAAGCGGCUGGCGGCUCUGAGCCAGGCCAUCCGCACGGGCACGAAGACGGGCAAGAAGACGCUACAGGUGGUGGUGUACGAGGAAGAGGAGGAGGCUGACGGCACCAUCAAGCAGCACAAGGAAGCCAAGUGCAUUGAGAUCGGCCACUCCAAAGACCCACCCGAGCCACCGCCCAAAUGUCGGACAGACGACAUCCGCAAGAGCACCUACAGGACACUGGACAGCUUGGAGCAAACCAUCAAGCAGCUAGAGACCACCAUCAGCGAGAUGGGACCCAGGUCUUCGGAAGAGCCUGCCGACUCCCUGACCAGGGUCGGUGACCCCCUGGCCAGGGAGGAGGAGGCUCCCUCGCCACAUCCAGUCAAGCCGGUCCCCAAGGCUCGUAAGAGCCUGACCCGUAAGAAGAACAAACCAGCUCUACUUCCCCGGCCUGGCACUGCCACAGUGCCCACCAGCCAACAGAGUGCCAACCCCGCCUCUUCGACUAGUCGGAUGCCGGUGCCCAUUUCUGCCAAGCCCAGGCAGCCAGCAGGGGGUGCUGAGAAAACAGGAAAGCAGGCAAACCUCCAGGAUCCACACAGGCAGUUCCGACAGGCAAAUGGAACGGCUAAGAAAGCUGGUGGGGAUAUAAAAACGUCACCCCCAACUUUACCUGCUUCUAAGAUCCCAGCAUUUUGUCCUAGUUCUGGAAAAAUCUCAAGUCAGCCCACUUCUAACUCAGAUACUACUAACCCCCUUAGUCCCACCACCUCCCCCUCUCAGCCCUCCCCCAAAUCUUCAAUCCCCUCCCCCCACAGCUCCCGCCCCACCCCCUGCAACAUCCCCUCGCUCUCUAAUGGCUCGCUCAAGCCCACUAGCCCCGCCCACAGUGGUAAAAGUCACCCCACAUCCUUUUCGACCCAGACCCAAAAUAGCCGGCCCUCCCCUUCCUCCCCCCUCUCACCCACCUCCCUUAGUCACAGUGGGAAGAGCAUCCGAACCAUACAUACACCGAGCUUUACCAGCCACAAGCCGCUCAACGGGAAAUACGCCGUCCCGCCUGCCUCAGCCGCCUCCAAGGACGCAUCGUGAUUGGCUCGGUUAAUGUCAAGGGGCGGAACCGCAUUCUGUCUCCAUUGCUCAUUGGCCUCUCUGAUUUGGUUUGCCGGCAUUCCCAUCUCUCAUGCGUCAUGCAGCUUGGUGUCCUCUCUAGUCUGCUUCGGGUCCAUCGCUUGUGGGGUGCAGUGGGUCGGGGGCUCCUUUAGCUCUGGGGGCUUUCAGUAGCGCUUUUCGCUGUUCUACGUUUGACAAUGCGAUACUUAUUAUUUGAAGCAUGGGAAGCGGACGAGCAUACCUGUUCCGAGGUUUAACCCGAAUGAAAAUGUGUAAAAUGGAGAGGAAAUGGUUUAUUUUUUUGAAAAACUGGAUGAAUAUAGUAUAUUUUGAUCUAAUAUUAGUUUUUUAUGUUGCCAAGAACUGAAAGACUAACCGACAGUUGUACCUUUCUAGAUUAGCUACGAUCACGGUGUGAGAUGAACGCUGUGUAGCGGAUAACUGCCCUCUGUGUUUUGGAUCCCGCCUGCUACCGGUUUGUCAGUUUAGUGAACCCAGGCGCUGGGUUAUAUUAGGUCAAAGUCCUCCGUCUUUGCUAGUUACCGUGCCUAUCUGCCUACGGUGUUUGUACUUUCAUUUUUGGGCUUAGAAUUGCCGAUUUGGAAACACUGUGUGGGGAGUUUUUUGUGUAAAACAGGCCCAGUAUAACUCCCCAAAAAUAGCAUCACUGACAUGUGUGCUCUUUAAUUUAAUAGUUAUCGAUGUUUAAAUGUAUACUGAGUAAUAGUAACUACUUACUACCCGUGUAUAUAUAAACUGGUGCAUCAAGAAGCAUAGUAUACUUUUGUUAACGUACCAAAGUUUCUUUCUUAGCAUGCUUUUCUGAUACGAUAGGAGAGCGAUCCGAUGCCAUUGUAAAAGAACACGUCUGUUUGCACAGAGAGACUUUUUGUAAAUAUUUGGUUUCCCUUUCAUUUUGUAAAGCUUCAAGCCAUAACGCUCGAAAGCGCCACAAUGACGGAAGAGUUACGAUAUUAAAGGAAAUAAAGGACAGCAUCCUCUUG